AUGGCCUCCCGUCUUCCCCAAGUACCGCCCGGCUACCUCGCCAUCUACUGGGCCGAGAAGGUCAUCCUGCUGAUGUUGCUGCACGUCCACUCGCCCGUCGCGUGCGAACCCGAGCGUCCGUUCGACCUCGCCGAGGCCGAGCGCGUCGUGGAGAACGGCUUCAUCGACACGUUCUGCGGCAAGGUGAUCCGGGCCAACAUCUCGGGGGACUUCGCCUCGCCCAAGAGCUACGACGAGGUCGCCGGCCCCGGCGCCUUCAAGACCUGUGUCGACUUGACCAAGCAGAUCAUGUGGGCCGCGCACCAGGAUCCGUCCGUCUUGGACGGGGAGGGGGAGUUGCUGGCGGAACGGCUCUGCGCGUUGGGCUUUGCGAUCUAG